AUGGAGUUUAAAUCUAAAGACGAAAAGCGAUUGGAGCAGCGAUUGGAGGAGCUUCACAAAGACGUAUCGAAGAAGCAGAAGUUCGAAGACGCCGUCGCCUCCCUCAAUUCGCUGCUUCGGGACCACUACGCCUCCGCUUCCCCUUCCCUUCGGAAAUUGUAUUACGGCGUCGUUUGCCGAGUCGCCACUGUCUUGAAGACCCGGUACACCUCGCCGGGUUUCUGGGCCGCCGGACUCACCCUAUUCCGGCUCGCCCAAUCCCUCGUUUCCGACCCGGCCGAGAAGGCCCACUUGCUCUCCUGCAUCUCCGAGGCCCAGCAGGUCGUUCAUCAGGAAAACGACCCUCCACAGCCCUCGUCUUCUCCAAAUCAAGGGUAUUUGUUUGAGGGGCAUCUGACGGUGGAUCGGGAGCCGCCACAGCCGCAGUGGCUGGUGCAGUCGAAUCUCAUGACUGCCGCCUUGGCGGCGGGGUCGUCUUCCGUGCCGGGUCUGCCGGAAUCCGGAAACGACGACAGCAACAACUCGGAAAGCGCGGUGAAUUUGCUUCAGUCCCUCAUCGACAACCUCGACAGCGUUUUUCCGCCGGGGAUAAUGGAUGAUGUGAGGGGGGCCCCGAGGGUCCCCCCUGCGAGCAAACGGGUGGUGGCGAAUCUUCCGGUGAUUACGAUCACAGAGGAGGUGCUGAAGAAGCUCGGAGAGGAGGCCGAGUGCGCCAUUUGUAAAGAGAACUUGGUUGUGAAUGACAAGAUGCAGGAGUUGCCUUGCAAGCAUACAUUUCACCCUCCAUGCCUAAAGCCAUGGCUGGACGAGCACAAUUCGUGUCCGAUAUGCCGGCAUGAGUUGCAGACUGAUGAUCAUGCGUAUGAAAGCUGGAAGGAGAGGGAGAGGGAGGCUGAAGAAGACAGAAAGGGGGCUGCAAAUGCCGUUCGAGGUGGUGAAUACAUGUAUGUUUAG